AUGGGCCACAGACUUGACAUUCAAAAAUGUAACAUCUUGAAAUCACCUGACAUCUCAGUUAACUUGGGAGAUGCAGCCAGAUCCCUAACAUCCACAGCGGCCCUUCUAACACUACAAAGGAUAAAGGAUGUAACGAUGACCAUAAGUAGAUCUCCUGUCUUAGAUACCCCGCCCAGUAAAUCGAAUGUUAACAACCAUAAUAACAAUAAUAACGUGAACAACAACAAUAACAACAAUAAUAAUAAUUGCGAAGAAUCAAGGGUGGCCGAUGGUACAAUAAGAAGAAGGAAAAUACAUAGAUGCGAUGUUGUCGGAUGUCACAAAGUGUACACGAAAAGUUCACAUUUGAAGGCGCACAAAAGGACGCACACGGGAGAAAAACCAUACCAAUGUUCCUGGGAAGGAUGCACCUGGAAAUUCGCCAGAUCCGAUGAACUCACCAGGCAUUACAGGAAACACACAGGACAAAAACCAUUUAGUUGUAAUUUAUGUCAAAGGUCUUUCAGCAGGUCUGAUCAUCUUUCGCUUCACAUGAAGCGCCAUUAA